AUGGCCAAAGUACUCCUUUCAAGGUUUGGGCAAUCCUUCUUCUUGAGAUAGCUUUGGGAGUUGAGUUAGGUCCAAUUUAUUUCUAAUAUGGUAUUUGUCCUCUACUACCAGAUUUUCUAGAGUUUUAUCCCUGCUGCUCCUAUUGUUCUCAUUAAAAUUGAAUUUAAGUGAGGUAGGUGAUCAUGUAGUUAUCCCCGCUUUAAGCCUAUUGGCUCUCUCUUGUAUGAGGGGCAUCUUUGAGGUAUAAUGUAAAACAUUGGCGUGUCUUCACAAGCUUAAAGCUUCUGUGUGGUUCAUUAUAUCAUUUUACCUCAAAAAAUUGUUUCUGUCAUCUCUUGGGUGUUCUGCUCCGGUUGUUUCAACUGUCAGGGUCUUGUUCAUCCUGUUAUUUGGAGAUUGGAAGCCAUGCUACAUUCUUGAGUCUUUAAAAGCUUUUUUGUCAUGUAUAGCCUUUUCUCUUUUGAAGGGCAUCUUUUUCUUACCCUUGUAUGUUUUUUCUUAUCUCUAAUAAUUUCCCUUUUUCUAUCUAUAGAACAAAAUAUUGGGAAAUAAAAUCUUUUGUUGAAUCACUGAGUUGCCUUUAAUUUAUAAAGUGGACCAUUCUCAUCAGAAUUCCUCUGUUGAUGUUGUUCAUUGCUGUGUGUGUGCGGAAUCAUGUCUGUAACUUCUGCAGUUUACUGUGUUGGGUUAACUAUGAACUUACAUGUCUUUUGUUGUUGAUAGUCCUACCUGAAUCAAAUGGAUACAUAUAUGUGGAGGCUAAUGGUGGCUUAAAUCAGCAGAGGACAUCCGUAUGCAAUGCUGUUGCAGUGGCUGGCUAUCUCAAUGCUACGCUUGUAAUCCCCAACUUUCAUUAUCAUAGCAUAUGGAAAGACCCUAGCAAAUUCAGGGACAUUUAUGAUGAAGAAUUUUUUGUGAAUACCUUGAAAAAUGAUGUGCGGGUGGUUGACAAGAUUCCUGAAUACCUAAUGGAAAGAUUUGGCAGCAACAUGACAAACGUUCACAAUUUCAGGAUCAAGGCCUGGUCAUCUAUUCAGUAUUACAGAGAUGUGGUACUCCCUAAGUUACUUGAAGAGAAGGUUAUAAGGAUUUCACCAUUUGCAAAUAGAUUGUCAUUUGAUGCUCCUCCAGUUGUCCAGCGGCUUAGAUGCUUAGCAAAUUAUGAGGCUUUACGGUUUUCAAGUACUAUAUUGUCCAUAGGUGAAGCUUUGGUUGAAAGAAUGAGAAAACACAGUGCCAUUAAUGGUGGUAAAUAUGUAUCCGUACAUCUUCGUUUUGAAGAGGAUAUGGUUGCUUUCUCUUGUUGUGUUUUCGAUGGUGGAAAACAGGAGAGAGAAGACAUGAUUGCAGCUAGAGAGAGAGGUUGGAAAGGGAAAUUUACAAAACCUGGACGAGUUAUACGUCCAGGAGCAAUCAGGUUCAAUGGGAAGUGUCCCCUUACCCCCUUAGAGGUUGGCCUUAUGCUGAGGGGAAUGGGUUUCACGAAGAACACUUCUAUCUUUUUAGCAUCUGGGAAAAUAUAUAAUUCGGAGAAAACUAUGGCCCCUAUCGGGACAAAGUGGAGAAGUCAUUUUCAAAUUGGAGAACAAAUAUGGAAAACCAAAUCACACAACUCCCUUACCCCCAGUCUCUCUUACCCCUCAAACCAGGAAAUUAGAUGA